AUGAGUGUAGUGUCCCGAGCACUGCCACACGUCCAAAUACAGGACGUGAUGACCACCGUUGGCCAAGGAAAGGUCCGAGGCGUAGGUCCGACCAUGUCGCUAAGCUGCGACAGCAAGUGGGGCCGUCGAAAACGGUCAGGGUCAGUAGGGGCGGAGCACCCUGCUGAUCCAGCAACGUCAAGAGAAUUUGCAGGACUCUCGACGAAGAUUGCUCCCAACACACAGUCUCUGUGUGUUACUGCCCCUGUUGAUGAGGAGUCUCUCAUCACUUCAAAGAUCGAAGUGAAAAAUGGAAUGUCACUUCGCGCCCUGGUUGACUGUGGGGCGUCGAACAGUUUCAUUCGACGCCAGUCGCUAGGGGAUCGUAGGCUCAACUAUGUUGAGCGAUAG